UUCAAUGCCAAACGGGGGAUCGGAGUUGUAACACCAAAGAGACAGUGGGAGAUGACGGACUGAGGUGGCUAGCUCAGUCGCAACUCGCGCUCCGUUGUAGAAGGUCGGUGGGCCGCCUCGCGCCUGGCACACGUGGCCCCUAGUGUGUUGAACUACGGCCGCUCGGCGAGCAGAGCGACUCCCGCCGCCGACUUGCGCGCGCCACAACACAUGGACUGCCGCUGCGCCCCCAUCUAAGGAAACACCCAAUGAAUACUGAAACUAUUGACUUUCUUCUAAAUACAUCACAAAAAAUACAGAAAAGUUAAAAAGAUCCUAAAUGCAACAUUGCACCUCUUUCUGUGCUGACAUUUGCGACCAGCACAACUGAACAUACAAUAUAAGUAUUUGUAAGGGAGAAAAGGAAGAAACUGCGAUGAGUCUUGUCACAUACCCGCAGCGACGCCACUUCCUGCACAUCAUGAAGUGCCUCACCAUCGUCGCCUUCGUCUGCUUGGUCCUCAUGUCCCCUGUAGCGUCAGAUCCCGAGGUAAUGGAGGCAGACGAGACGCAGGGCACCACCACACACACCACGGAGACUCACCAGCACCAGGAAGGGAACUCGACGAGAAGAAAGCGCUCCGUAUUCCAUCUGUACAACAUGGUCACCUGCGCCACCAGUUGCAACCCGCUGGUCUACAAGGGAUACGGAUGCUACUGUGGCUUCCUCGGCGCCGGGAUGGUGGUGGACGGCAUUGAUAAGUGCUGCAAGGGCCACGACUGGUGUUACGAGCACUCCACCUGCCUCGGCUUCGACCACUACCUGGCGCCUUACAGGUGGAAAUGCAACGGCGGGAACCCUUAUUGUGUGGCGACGCGGGGACCUCUGGGCGGCGUGAACAGCUGCGGCCACCAACUGUGCGAGUGUGACAGGGAGUUCGUGGAGUGCCUGAAGCAACACCCGUGCCCCAAGACCAAGGCUAUUUGCAUGACGUCACCGUGGAGGAAUAUUAUCUUCCUGGGUAAGAUGGGCCGCCACGCCUCUCUGGCCCUUCAGACCCUCCUGUAGGGCAUCGCUCCUCGCCCCGUCCUGCCCCGCCCCGCCCUGCCCUUCGUUGCCAUGCCCUGUGCUGGACGAAUGCUUGAAGCUUGUAUGGAUGAAGGAAACAACUGUGCUUAAUAUCUGCCACACACAGCCAUGACUUAUCUUCAUCCGCUACACCAUUGUCACCACCGACCCUCGUCAUGCAGCAGGCGAGGGCUGGCUGGAUCGGGCGUAGGUCAAGUCAUCACCACAGGAGGCUCGAUGCCCUCACCACACCCGCCGUCACCCGCCAGUACAGUACAAAGUGUGGCCGCUCAGUGAUGCUGACUCAAGGGAGAACUUGUGACCUGGGCUACAUAUCAUGUUGUGCAAGUCACCGGAGUAAUGGUUUAGAUGUUAAGCAGUAUUCUGAAACGUCUCGUUGCCUAUGUAGAGUUCAUGUUGGGUACUUUUAACAGUUACCAGUGGAAGGUCUAGGUGUUUUAAGGGUGUUUACGUGAUUUUUGCGAUUGUUCAUUAAAUUAUUGGAAUGUUCAGGUUCUCGUGAUUUUAGUGAUUGUACAGCAAAUCCUUGAGAUUUUCAAGGGUAUUUCAUGGUUUUAGGGAUUGUUCAGCAAAUUAUUCCGGUUUUCAAGGAUGUUUUCAUGAUUAUAGCGACUAUUCAGUAAAGUGAUAAAAUUUUCAGAGAUUUUUGUGAUUCUAGUAUAUGUUCAGCAAAAACUUUAUACCUUUAGUAAAAAAAACAAAAACAUUAGUGAUAACCUGAGUAAUCAAGUCUCUCUGACCUUUGAAAGUAGUGUGAUGAAUGUUCGAGACGUUUCAAAAUACGAUCCAUUAAGUGAAACCAAACGGAUGCUCGACGAUAGUUUUUUCUGCGUUAAGGUGUCCAGGUAUUUCUAACGGUGUCAGAAUGUUCUCAUGAUAACUUCCCUCUUGCGAAUGUAUUGAUUGUGUAUUACGACUUCUUGGCUUCAGACUCUCAGUUUCGAUGUUUUAGGACAGGGAUGGGUCUAAACAUCUAAACUUUACGUCAUCUUACCUCUUUCAACCUCUAGUACAACAUUAGAGGGAUUUUCUCGAGUGUUAGUGUAAUUUUAAUUAUAUUUUAACAAGGGUUCUGCAUCUCCAUUAGGAAAAACACCAAUAGAAAUCCAAUUCAUCAUUUGUGUUCUCGGGAGAACUCCUGACCAGAGGACAAAGUAUUUAAGAAUACAGGGCUUGGUGGGAGAGAGGAAGCCGUGAGCUCAUCCACUCACUCAUCCAUUUAGUGAACUCAAUCAAGUGCCAAGGAUGCAUUUAACGUGAGGAGAGGAGAGAGGAGAGUGUGCAGCAGUUUGAGAGAAGGACAGGGUCAGCGUGGCUGUGACCUUUAAGGUCAAACAGCGCGUGUAUUUAGUUAAGAGUAAUGUUAAGGGUGAAGGAGCAAGGUUGAGUGCCACAGUGCCACAGCUGCGAGUAGUGAUGCUGGAGCGGUACCAUGCCUCUACUCCGCCCGGCCCGCGUCCUCCACCCGACUCUAGAGCGCCACGUUCUGAAACACUUUCCGCCACACCUCCUUUAGGUACAUACAAAAGGUUCUAGUUAAAAUUACGGGUUUUUAAGGAUCUUUUUGUGAUUCUAAUAAUAAAUUAGCAAGAUUUCUACAUUAUUAAUAGGAGAAAUACUCUUGAAAACUUGGAGAAUAAUUUUCGAGAUGAGUCGAGGUGAGAAAGCAAAGCUUUUCUAAAUGCAGGUCUUCCACUGGAGCUGUGUUGGUGGAGGUCGGGCGCUAGGCUGACAAGUAGAGGAGUGAUGUGUUCCUCCGCGGUGCUUAUCUUGUGCUGGCGAACCUCUGAGCAAGGUGAGUGUGCCUGGUCGGACUCUCCAAGGGAUCACGGGCAUUAUAAAUUAUUAACCCGAAAGGCUGCGUCGCCAUGCUAGGUCUGGGAUGUGGGUUGAGAGGGAGUCUACAGAGUGAACCAGUGCCGGAGCUUCGGAGCCUUGAGUCGAAGGUUUCUGGUAAGCUUUGGCCUGGACGUGCACCUCUCCGUUAUCUGUAUAUACCUAAUGUUGUAUCUUUGUACUAUAUGUAAUGAAACAUGAAUUGUACAACUUGUAUCCAAUACCUUGUAAUUAUCAUGUACAUUACCGAGUCGUCUUGUAUAAAUUUUGACCUUACUCAUAAUACUUGCGUCUGUCUCUUUCUGACUUAAGGAAAUAAAUACUUCCUUUUGUA